AUGUGGCUCUCAUGGCUUCUGUUCUUCACCAUGCUCAGCAGCGUCGUUGCGCAGGAGGUGCCCAAACAUCCGCCUUCAUAUCUGGCAGCGGCGGUCAGCGCAGCUGCCGAUGAGCACGCUGCAAGCGCACGAGUCCUGGCACUUGAUCCCGUGCCGGUGGCUGGGUUCUCGGAUGAUGCAGCCAAGCCCCAGCGUGCACGGCCCACGCCCGCAGCGACUCCAUCCCUGCCUGACACCCUCCCACUGCCUGCAGUCGAAGCCAGCGCAGCGAUCGCAGCCGCUGCCACGGCUGCAUCAGCCUUCGCAGACACUGUGGCCUUGGACGAGCACGGAAUCCAAGGAAGAGCCGCUCAGGUGCCUGCGCCUUCAGCCGUGCAAGCCGUGCCUUCCGGCUGCUGGCAGGAGGGCUACACUGCGGAAAUCUGCUGCAGGGACCCGCCGGUUGCCAACUGCUGGGAUGCCUUCUUCACCCGCCAGCGCUGCUGCCCCGACCCCAGGCCGACCGAGCCCGAGCUCUCUGCGGAGGUGGCGGCCGUGGUUGCCGCCGCCGCGGCGCGCAACGCGAACAGCGCAAGCGCCAGCAGCGCCAGCAGCGCCAGCAACGCGAAGCAGAGUGGCCGGGAGGCCUCUUGGGAGGCCGGCGGCCCGGCCAGUGAAGCGGCCGGGCAGCAAGCGUUCUUGCGCCAGGAAGCGCAGCGCCGGUGGCCAGCUUAUUUCAGCAGGGCUCAUGAAACGCUGAAUGCUGCUCAAGGGUCCUACACAGCGCAACCCGAUCCGGUCCAGCUCUAUCAUCUGCUCUAUGAGACCAUCAACCAGGUAGUUGGGGGUCUCUCUUUGGCGGCCGAUGCCUCCCGCAACUCCGAGCUGAAGGAGGCCUUUCUGAAUGCUGCGAUCCUGCUGGCCCGCUUGGCCCAUGCCAGCCAUGGUACACCAUUGGAGCACGAGGACUUCGCCUCCCAAGCCAGUGCCGCGGCCGGCCUCGCUUGUAGGGACAAGGGCAAAGAGACGCACGAGACGCACUGCAACCUGGCCGAAAGCCUCCGUCGUCUGGAAGUGUCGCCAGACGGCAUGGAUUGGGUUCAAGACGCUUUACAGCAGCUGAACAAAAGCAAGGGCAACAGCAUGGAGAACUUGCAGCGAUUUCAGCGCACCUGGCUAACAUAUUCCCAGGAUCCUGCCAAGGCUUUGUGGCGGCCUGCAGGCCCAGAUGGUCAUCAGGGGGGACGGACGAACACCUACAAUCCGCUGGAAGUUGGUCAGCUGCAGCAGAGUGUACGUGGCUCCGGAAGCAUCUGGCAGCUCUUCCCCACAUACAUCAUGGCACGGGAGAUCGGACAUGCGUUCACCUCUUCGCGAGAGGCUGACAACUGUGUGGCAUGCCAUCAACUCACCACCAUCGUGCUUCAGAAGUACCAGCAGUUUCGGGGAAAAGGCUUCGCGAAGAACAGCCGCCAAGAUGAUGUCAACAACGCGUUCUUCAACUGGCAGCUCACCCAUGAUGCCGAGCAAGAGGAGGAUGGCCCAGAUGUGUGGCCGGAGCUCUACAGGGAUUCCAGAGACUUCCAGGAGCUGAAGAGGCUGGUGAAGCUUUCAUCCCUGGAGUACCUCCAGCAGAUCCACUCCGCAACUCUGUCCGAAGCAGACCUCGCACAGCUUGAGCUCUCAAUCUGGGCUUCCGUGACCCCUCCGAAUGAGGACACGACCACGAAGACCUCGAUGGGCUUGGCAUUUCACGACCAUCCCUUGGCUCUCCUCAGCGGUGUCUUCUAUGCGGAUGCAGGAGGCGACUUGGUUGCGGACCGCACCCCGACGGUUUUUGCCGACCCUCGUGGAACGACACCCUUCCGCUACACGCGGAUGCGUAGCGAAGAGGGUGAAGUCACACUGGAGCCCACAGCUCCAUUCCAUCGGCUGGCGUACGCGCAUCCAAGAAGCGGUCUAUCCCUGGUCUUUCCUUCCUGGCUGGUCCACGGGGUGGCGCCACAUCGAGGACCCAAGGAUCGCGUGGUGUUCGCCUACAAUCUGCACACAUUGCCCGGCACAACACUUGCAAGCUGGGCGAAGACGACGCUCUGA